AUGUCGGAGCUUUCAUUCACCAAAACUUUCCUCUCCACGCUGGACUCCAGACCUAUCAAGAUCCGAGCUGACCAUGUCUUCGACCCGGAGCAAGUUGGGUUGCGUGUGCCUUACAUCCUCCCUCAUCUCCAAGCCCCGCACCCGGAGAUGCCCAAGAAAGUAAAGAAAACACAAGCACCGGGCUCGUCCAAGUCAAUCACUGUCAGGAUCAAAUCCAGCCGCAACCCCGCCCUCGAUUUCUCUCUUCCCAAUGCCCCCCUGUCGACCACAUCUGUUCAGGAUCUGAAGGAUGCCGUACGGGAGCGCGUCACCGAUGCCUCCGGCAACCCCAUUGCGCUGGACAAGAUCAAGAUUCUGUACCAGCGGAAGCCUGUACCGGGUACCGGAAAAACUAUGGCAGAGAUAUUGGCUGAUGAGCCAGGGAUGUUGGCAGGAGGCAAGGAGGUUGAGUUUGGAGUAAUGAUCCUUGGGGGUGCCAAAGCCGUGGAGCUCUCAGAAUCCCAACCAGAGGCCACAGAAACACAAAAUACCCCGCCACAAAAGGCGGCUAUUGGUCCAAGUGGUGCAGAAGUGGUGCGGACAGAGGCUUUCUGGAACGAUCUACAGGGAUAUCUGGAACAGCGGCUGAAGGACGAAGCAGAGGCGAAGCGGCUACAUGCCCUCUUUAAGGAAGUUUGGAGUUCAACUCAAUGA